ACGCUGGCCCGUGCGUGGACGAGCAACGGGCUCGCGAGCGAGUAGUGGGGAUGAGCGGGGACGCCGAUUGGCUGCCGUUGAGGCGGGACGCCUACGUCACAGUAUCUUUCGAUGCAAUCAUUAAACCAAGUGAGUGCACGAAAAACAGUGAGUGUGACAUAAGCACAGUGCACCCUUAUCCUGCGCCAUUAGGGUCCUGAUGCAGGAAGCGACGAAGGGUGAAUGACCGGCAACGCUCAAGGGUGAAUCCGAGUCCGCGGGUGUCGAAGCGUCCCGCGCGAUUGAGCGGCACUACGGAUGCGCUAACACGUUCCGGACCCCGCUGUCGAACCCCUUUGUAAAGGGAGGCGCUUGACGAAACUGGAGGGGCGCAGCUUUAGUGGAACGCAGCUCGCAUUGUGUAUCUUCGGGCCGGCUAUAUACAGUUCCGUUUCACUUGUGUAUGCAGCCCGGUCGCGUGCAACGAGUCGCCGUCGAGAUCGACGCCGGAUCGCCAAUCGAUCAUCUCGGCUGAGUGGAUCUAGCGGCGACUGAUCAUUCCCAGUCAGCGAUCAUCAUUAGCGCGGUCGCGGACGGAACGGUCUCGGGAGUGAUUCGCUGAAGAGCUGCAUCGGCGCGAUCGUAAUAAUUUCACAAAACGCCUUUGUAAUUCUGGCUGCAAUAAAAGUGUAGGAUCUGCUUGGAUCCACCGAUCUAGUUGGGAUCGAUGUUGAUCGAGGACUCAGCUUGAUCGGUUUUAGUUAAUCCAGAUUGAUGCUGAUUGAAUAAAAAAUGGAUUUUUGCUGUUAAUAUAAUGAAUAAGACAUCGGAAAAUAUUCCGGAAAAUAAAGACUGCGGCAUCAUGCUCCGAUAGAAAUAGACGCACAUUCAAGCAAAAAGAAGCAAGAGAAAAGGAGGAAGAUGACAUGAAAAGAGACUUGGAGAUCUUGACGAAUGUCGUUGCAUUGUGACUCGUUUACGACUACGCGUGAUAACGAUCGGUAACGAGGAAAAUGGUGUUCGAUUCACUUUGUGAGGAGCAGAGGAAGCAAUUCUUCAGGCAGAAUUAUGGCGCCCAUUUACCGGGGUACACGGGUCACUGUCCCACGCUCAAAUUUCGCGUUGGGAAGAGAUUUGGAGCAAACACAGAAGAAAUAAUGAAGGAAUUAUUAGAGAAGAAAAUUCUCAAGACUGGACCAUACAAGCCAACUUCCGGUAGAGAAGUUCAAUUACCAAGUCCUCGGGACAAGGAGAUUAGGAGAGACUGGAGCAACGAGCCAAGACUGUACCAGGCGCCUCCAUACAUUCUAGGAUAUACCGGAUAUAUUCCUGGCUUCAACAGCAGGUACGGUCUGUCUUUCAUGAGAGCCGUGGAGGCCGGUGCUAAAGAGUGGCACGAGGCGCAGAUGAAGCUAAGGGCACGGCGGGAUGCAAUGAGGGCUCACGCCGAGCGAACGGACCCGAGAAAUCUUCUAUCACGAGCACGGGCGGACAAUGUGGAUAUCGAAAUCGAUCACGGUCAUGAUAAAGACAGAAGAACCUUCGAUUAUCAUGUCUCACCAGAACAACCGCCGAUCGUCGGUUACACAGGUCAUAUCCCAGGUGCAAAAGGAGAAGUUGCGCUCUCGAAGCGGUACGCUCAAGCCGCUAGGAAGGGAUUAGAGCGCGUUCAAAGGGAACGCGAGGAGAGGCUCAGUAGGGCUAAGGACGUGCACGCCGUGCAGAGAGUCCUCGACAAUGCGUAUCUCGAUGAAACGGGAUGCACACGCGCAUAAAAUGGCAUUCACCCUUUUUAGCUACAAUGUAUUUUUUUAUUAGACUUUCUACACUCGGACACUCGAGUAAAAGUAUAUUGAGAUAUUAGAAGAAAAAGAGGAAGAUUAAAAAUAAUUAAAGAAAGAAUCGCUGAACAAGUUCGGCAAUGCAAGCUACCGUAAGCCUCGACACGCUCAUCUCACAUUUCGGUUGGCAAACAUUGCGCGAAUCGAGAAUGUGAGUAAAUGUGAGAAAAUAUCUGUGUCGCCUUUCGCAAAGCGUGUACUUAAGUAGUUCAAUUACAAGAUUGCGUCCAAGUAAAAAGAAAUCUUCCAAAAUUGAUAGAAUUAUAUCUCGCAUUCCAAUUUUGAAUGCUGUGUAAACUAUUAAAACUGCUUUGAGCUUCCAACGUUCAUUACGUGCUUAGAGGCGUACAUACCGAACAUAUAUGCACCUACUAACAUUCUCAAUGUAUUCACUUAAAGAACCAGAAAUUUUUGGAAAUAUUUCUGAUAGGAAAUAUCUUCAAAAACGGGAAUAACGCUCGCUUUGGCAUGCUAGUUCCAUUUCGAACAGAAUGAACACCGACACACGUCUGGUCUUCAGAACUCGCGAAAUGGAUCGUAGCCGAUGUACAAACACCAUUUCCAAUCGCAUGGUACUUAUUAGCGACGUUUUAUCUAUUGAAAUAUGACUGUCUUAUAUUUGUCUGUGUAAAUAAAAAAACGAGAAAGAGAGAGAGAAAAAAAGAAUUCUACUCUUCCGCUUCAUAGAGUAUUCAACAAUACGAAUGUAAAGUGGUACAUAAUUUUUUAAUCGGUAAUAAAAUAAUUACAAAAGC